AUGGAUAGAGUCCACAAAGGCGGUGUUGUCAUCAUUGGCGCUGGUCUGAGCGGUACUGCUCUGGCCUUGGCCCUCGAUCAGAAGUCUAUUCCGUGCCGAAUUUAUGAAGCAAGAAGCGCGGACGCAGAUGUUCUCACCAGUGGUGUCGUUCUGACUCCAAAUGGUUGUCGUGUCCUUGACGAAAUCGGUGUUCUUGGCCGUAUUGAAGCCAAGAGCUUUCUCUUCGAGCACAGAAUUAAUCAGACCAUCUCCACAAGAACGAUUUCUUUUCAUGAUACGAAGAAUUAUCAUGCCUACCGACUGUAUCGUCUUGCACUUCUCCAAGAGAUGAAGAGAAUGUUGGCGGAGAAAAGUGUACCGGUGUAUUAUGAUGCCAAAUUCGAGAAAGUCAUCAGCGAUACCUCUGACGUAGUCACAUUCCAGGUUGAUGGCAAGAUGGAACAUGCAGCCAUUCUGAUUGGAUCCGACGGCAUACACUCAACCCUCCGGCGUUAUCUUACAGACCUGAUUCCCACUUAUACAGGCAUAUUUUGCGUGUAUGGACACAUUCUGACCAGCUCCGUCAACUGGCCCGACAAAGAGUUCUCCGCUACCAGCUGCACGAUUCUAGGCAAACCAGGCAGUCUGUUUAUGGUACCCGAAGAGGCUGACGGUGUGACGCUUAUGGUCGGCACACAGUUCCCGCACCCAGAGCAAGGCCGAGAGGGCUGGCAAACGUUAGCCGCCAGCCCCGAGUCCUUGGUUACACUGCUGCAAAGGGACUAUGAUCAGUGGCAUGAUACGGCAAGACACAUCCUCGAUCAGCUAUGCAGCCGUUCAAACCGCCUUUUGAGUUGGCCGUUUUAUACUAUGCCAAAAUUGCCUAGUUGGUCGUCAUCGUCCGGAAAUGUCAUAAUCAUUGGAGACGCUGCUCAUGCUAUGCCAGCAUCCUCGGGACAGGGUUUCAACCAGGCCUUGGAAGAUGCCUACUCUUUAGCAAGGCUCAUCUCUGUAGAUUGGACCCCGGAGAAACGGCCCCUUGGCCUUGAGACCUGGCAGUCCUGGCGACAGACUAAAAUAGACCGGGUGCUUCUCAUGACCCAAGCCACAAAUUUGAAGAGAUCUGCUGAAGAGACCAGGCAGCCUUCGACGACAUCAGCUGGUGCUGAAUCGGCCCGUCUAGAUGGGACGCGGUGGUUGUUCGACAUAGACUUGAAUGGUUUCGAGGCAAGACUGGCAGAGAUCGGAUUCAACGUCACAUAA